AUGUCGAUGAAAUUUUUUACCGGUCUGCAAGAUUUCUUGGGCUUAUAUGAUUCGUCCUCCUCCUCAUCAUCGUCGAAUGGCCAGCACGAGAAAGAACGCGAGACUGCGCAGCUCGAGUCGGUACAGUCAGCGACAGCAGCAGCAGAUCCUCCACCCACUGUAGGAAUUCCCUCGUCUUCUUCGGUAGCAGCACCGCCGAUUACCACUAGCUCAGUGGAAGAAGUGUUGGAUUCAGCGGAAAGCGCGGGUAGCAGUGCUAAUAGUGGAAGUAAUGAUCUGCUGCAGAAACAGUUUUCAAAUGAAUCUGUUCGCGGGGGUUAG